CAGCUGAUUGUUGUUGAUGUUUUGGUUUUGAAAAAAAAAACAGAAUUCCCAAUUUCCUUUUAAAAAGUUUUUGUGAUGAUUCUUUGUCGGUCGAUAUUUAAUUUUCCUUUAAAAUUAAUAAAGCAUGACUGAACCAGUUGCAAAACGCGAUUUUCUUGGUAUUCUAUCAAAUUUGAACCGAAAGUUUGAAAUCACGGACAGCAAAUGGACAGAAGAGAAGGCCUACGAAAUAAAAUUCAGGACUCAAAUCAGAGUGGAACAUAAUGAUUACAAUCAGUACUGCGAUAAGUGGGUGGAAGAGUUCUCCUUCCUCACAGACACGAUUUGGGUGCAUAAAAUAUCAAAUACGGGACCCAAAGUGAAAUUUCGUAAGCAGUACCAAUGUUGGGCCUAUGAGUCGAAAGAGGUGAAAAAGGAGCUUCUUUUUGAUGCAAGGAAAUGCAGGGCAACACUCGAUGUUAAAGUGCUAGGCAAUACAGUAGGUACUAAGAAGUCGAACCGAUUUGUUCGGCUUGGGCUGAAUACCCUUAUAAAGAUAAACUUUCAACAUCUACAUCCUGUGGAUACGUCUCAAGCUUACGCCUUUUUUGUACAUUGGUGUAAUCCAGUGGCUGAUGCUCCAAAACCCUCAGCGCCUGCCAUUGAAAAAGUGGCACAGCUUGUAGCUAAAGAAGUCCACAAUGCCGCUAAAACAUCUCAGAAAGCUGGUGAAAGGCUUAAUGAAGCCUUAGAAAAGCAGCGAAUGGCUUCAGCAGAUGAACUGCCGAAUCAGAGCACGAAUUUAACAGGUUGUGCAAACACAUCGAUUUGCCAUUUACAACCUCAAAGUGGCAACAGACUGAGCCUCGAUCAACCCCCCUUAGCAAAAGUAAUCGUUAACACUCCGGAUGGUCAAACCAGCGAAAACAUUUUUUACAUCCACCAAGUGGUGUUUGAUUCGACAACUCAAACCCUCACUGAAGUGCCACCAGAUCAAUGUGGCGGACUGCCUGAUAUUUCGAAUCAUCAACUAAUUCAAGUGCAAUUGCCGGAUGAUCCUGCUCAGAAAACAACCCUUUUCAUUGAUCCUAAUCAAUCCUAGUGAAUUUGCAAUGAUAUAAUAAUAUUUAUGCCAUUUGUAUUUUUUUGUAAUCAUAAUUUUAACAGUAA